GAGCUCUGCGGCCAUCACUGCUUAUUCCCCGCCCCCUCCUCGGCUCGGCUCUGUUCCACCUUCCCCCGCCCGCCUCCGGGCUCCCGAGGAAAGACGCGACUGGGAACCCUCUCCCCGUGGGGGCCCAGGAGGCUUUAACGGGGCCUGGAUCCCCCCCCCUCCCCUGUCGGGAGAGAUGAUGAGCUCGCGGGCUCAGUGAGUCCCUUCAGCGGGCGUCGGCCGCAGCGGACGGAGCUGUAGCGGCAGAGGAGGGGGGGCGCGGCCCGGCCCGGCCGGGGCCGCUCAUGUUGUCGCCACGACGCCAUCGCGGCACAGGACGGACAGGUGAUCAGGAUUCUUCAGCUGGUAAUAGUCUCAGUUGUGCAAAGCUUUCAAGCUUUUCUUUCGAAGACCUGAAAAAGGCCUUUAAAGGGAGACUGCAAAUGGUGUGGGUAUUUAUCAUGAACCGAAUGAGUUCCCAGAGCAGUGCUUUUACUCAGCGGAGGCGAAUGGCUCUUGGAAUUGUUAUUCUCCUACUAGUGGAUGUGAUAUGGGUUGCUUCCUCAGAACUUACUUCAUAUGUUUUUACUCAAUACAAUAAACCAUUCUUCAGCACCUUUGCAAAAACAUCAAUGUUUGUUUUAUACCUCUUGGGCUUUAUUAUUUGGAAGCCAUGGAGGCAACAGUGCACACGAGGAUUUCGUGGAAGACAUGCUGCUUUUUUUGCAGAUGCUGAAGGUUACUUUGCUGCUUGUACUACAGAUAAUACGAUGAAUAGUUCUUUGAGUGAACCUCUAUAUGUUCCUGUGAAGUUUCAUGACUUGGCAAGUGAAAAACCUGAAAGUACAAAUGGUGAGAAUGAAAAAACACCCAAAAAAUCUCGUGUGAGAUUCAGUAAUAUUAUGGAGAUCCGACAACUUCCAUCAAGCCAUGCACUAGAAGCCAAGUUAUCUCGAAUGUCAUAUCCUGCUGUGAAAGAACAAGAGUCAAUUCUGAAAACUGUAGGGAAACUUACUGCAACUCAAGUAGCAAAAAUUAGCUUUUUCUUUUGCUUUGUGUGGUUUUUGGCAAAUUUAUCAUAUCAAGAAGCACUUUCAGACACACAAGUUGCUAUAGUAAACAUCUUGUCUUCAACUUCUGGGCUUUUUACUUUAAUCUUAGCUGCAGUGUUUCCAAGUAACAGUGGAGACAGAUUUACUCUUUCUAAACUGUUAGCUGUCAUUUUAUGCAUUGGAGGUGUUGUGCUGGUAAACCUUUCAGGGUCUGAGGAAUCUGCUGGAAAAGAUACAAUAGGUUCCAUUUGGUCUCUUAUUGGCGCCAUGCUCUAUGCUGUCUAUAUUGUUAUGAUUAAGAGAAACAGUAGACAGGGAAGAUAAGUUGGAUAUACCAAUGUUUCUUUGGUUUUGUAGGUCUCUUUAAUCUGCUGCUGUUAUGGCCGGGCUUCUUUUUACUUCAUUAUACUGGAUUUGAGGCCUUUGAGUUUCCCAAUAAAUUAGUAUUAAUGUGCAUUGUCAUUAAUGGCCUAAUUGGAACAGUUCUGUCAGAAUUACUGUGGUUAUGGGGCUGUUUUCUUACCUCAUCCCUUAUUGGAACACUUGCACUAAGCCUUACAAUACCUCUGACCAUAAUAGCUGAUAUGUGCUUGCAAAAGGUGCAAUUUUCUCCUGGUUAUUUUUUGCAGGUGCUGUUCCUGUAUUUUUCAUUUUUCA